GUUGGAUAGUUAUUUUGUGCCGCGUAGUACUCCUGGGGCACAACCCUCGCUUGAGGGCAUGGGUUGGAACAAGGAGGUUCAUGAUGCUGCAAGAAAACAAAUUUGCAAGUUUUGGUACUUUUGCAACAUUCCAUUUAUUGCAGCCAGGUAAUUCUUUUUGAUUUGAUUGCUUUAAGUUUAAAAGUAAAUUUAUAGUUUGAAGUUGAACUCUACUUUGUCUAAUCAUAAUCUAUUUGUGACAGGUCUCCUUAUUGGCAAGGCAUGGUAGAUUCCAUAACCAUUUGUGGUGCGGGGUUUAAAGCCCCUACCGAUGCUGAGUUAAGUGGCCCCCUCUUGUUACAAAUGGUUGAGGAUAUGAAAGUUGAGCUAGAGGACCACCGACAGUCUUGGAGCCAAAAGGGUUGCACCAUCAUGACAGAUGGUUGGACGGAUAGGAGGAAUAGAACACUCCUAAAUUUUCUUGUUUCCUGCGGAGGAUCCACCAUGUUCUUGAAAUCUAUUGAUGCUUCCUCACAUGUGAAAAAUGCCACAUACUUAUGUGAGGCUAUUGAGGAAGUCAUACAAGAGAUGGGGGAAGAAAAUGUGGUGCAGGUGGUGACAGAUAAUGCAGCAAGUUAUGUUGCUGCAGGUAAAUUUUGAACUUUUCAAGUCUUGAUGGAGAGGCAUCUAUGAUUAUUUAAAAUUUUCUUAACACAUCAAAAUUUCUAUUUAACUUAAAAUUGCUGCAGGUAAACUUUUGAUGGAGAGGCACCCGAAAAAUUUUUGGUCUCCUUGUGCGGCCCAUUGCCUUGACCUCAUGUUGGAGGAUAUUGGUAAGCUUGAAUGGGUGAAAUCAAUAGUUGAAAGGGCCAAAAAUAUCAGCAAGUUUAUCUACAAUCAUGCAUUGGUCCUUAGCAUUAUGAGGCAAUACACGGGGCAAAAGGAGUUGGCUCGUCCUGGUAUCACGAGGUUUGCCUCAAACUUCCUCACACUGAAAUCCUUGAUAAAAUCAAAGGCGGCUUUGAGGCGUAUGUUUGUUGGUGAGGAGUGGACUUCCUCAUCCUAUGCUACGACCACUGCAGGGAUAGAUGUGGUAAAUUGCAUUUUUGAUGAGCCAGGUUUUUGGACCCCCUGUGGAGAAACCGUGCAGGUCACUGAGCCCCUCGUAGUUCUCCUACGAGUUGUUGAUGGGGAGAAGCCCUCUAUGGGCUAUAUAUAUGAGGGUAUGGAUAGGGCCAAGGAGGCCAUUAGGUCCAUAUAUGCAGGAGAUGAGGAUAAAUAUGGCCCCAUUUGGGAGAUUAUUGAUAGGAGAUGGCAGAACCAACUUCACAGGCCCAUCCAUGCAGCAGCCUAUUACCUCAAUCCGGCAUUUCGAUUCCGUGAUGACUUCAAGGCAGAUGAGGAGGUUCUUAGUGGCCUGUAUACAGUGGUUCAAAAGUUGUGUACUGAUGGCACAGCCUCAAGUACAACGCUCCAGCUGGAUAAAUAUAAUAAUCGAGAAGGGGCAAUCUUCUCAAGCAGCAUGUGCAUAGAGGCUCGAACACAAUUGUAG